CUGGGCUGGAACCCUGCAGCUGGCUUCUGUCACCCUCUGGGAACCUGGUGAGGUGUGUGCAAGGGACCCAGUGGCCAGAGAGAACAGCGGAAGACGUCAGGAAGCAACGUCCGAACUGAAGCCGGAAGAAGGUACUUGCCUAGAGGGCGGCAGCUGCGUACAGUCACCGCGGAGUGUGGUGUGCGGAGUGUGGGGAGGAACCCAGCCCGAGAAGCGGAAGGGGCCCGAUUCGGAGGCGAGGAAACUGCGCUUCGGGGAGCGGGCAUCUUUGUUUUCAGAGUUUAAAAAGACCUUGAAUUCCAUUCACUCUGAUGUCAAAAAUGUAAGCACAAAGAUUCCUAUUCAGAAGACACUGUCGAAUUUCGUCCGUUACAUUAAUAACUCUGAAGAUUAUAUCCUCCACUAUUUACCCACUGUGGAAAAAUGCAAUUCAUACAGGUGGCUGGUUUGCUUGACCAUCUGCUGCUUGCUGACCCUCAUCUUGAUUUUUUACCUCCUGGGCUUGCUGUGUGGCACGUUGGGCUAUGACCAGAAUGUCACCCCAACCAACCGAGGCUGCGUCUCGAACACCGGGGGCGUCCUCCUCAUGGUUGGGGUUGGAUUCAGUUUCUUCUUUUCUUGGAUAGUCAUGACCAUCGUGGUGCUGAUGUUUGUCACUGGUGGAAAUUUGGAAAAUCUGGUCUGUGAGCCUUACAGAAAUAAGAAGUUCUUCCAGAUUUUGGACACUCCAUAUUUACUAAAUGAGGAUUGGAAAUACUAUCUCUCUGGCCUAGUAUUUAACAAACCAGAUAUUAAUCUCACUUUUGAACAAGUUUACAGUGACUGCAAAGAUAACAAAGGCCUUUAUGCGACACUUAAGCUCGACCACAUCUACAAUGUCAGUGAAGAGCUCAACAUUACAAAGCAUACUGGAGACAUAAAUAGUAAUUUGGAGAAUAUGAAUUUAAUAAUUAACGAUAUAGAACUGCUGGAUGAAGCAGGAAGGAAAACCCUUAUGGAUAUCAGCUCUUCGGGAAUAGACAAAAUAGACUAUGCUGCCUACAUAAACGCGACCGAGAGAAGUCCCACAAGAGUAAAUCUUAUGUCAUUUGCAAACAACCUCCAAAGAAAAGCCAACCAGCUGCCCCCAGGAAACUUGAAAACCAGCUUGAACGAUCACGUAGAUACCUUAAGAAAUAUCCAUCAGAACCAAGUCGUCCCUUUGCAGAAUUCAAUGAGCAUCAUGCACCAGCAAAUGAAGGGGCUUCAUCACAGGACCAGCAGAUUGAGGGACAGAGUAUCCAACAUCAUUUUCUUUUUGAAUUCCACCCAGUACUUUCUCACCAGCCAGCUGGCCAAAGUUGUCAUUGAAGAAAGUAAGCAGUUCGGGAUUAAGAUAAUAAGCUACUUUGAACGUUACCUGCAGUGGGUCAAGAUGGCCAUCACCCAUCAGAUUGCAGCCUGCAAACCGGCGGCCACUGCACUGGAUUCGGCUGUUAACGUCUUUCUGUGCAGCUACAUCGUCGACCCUCUGAAUCUGUUUUGGUUCGGCAUAGGAAAAGCGACUCUGCUUUUACUUCCCGCUCUCAUUUUCGCCGUGAAGCUGGCCAAGUACCUCCGUCGAAUGUAUUCUGAAGACGUGUAUGAGGAUGAGCUGGUGCACAAGGUUCAAACUGUACCCAGGGUUGAAACUGUACCCAUGAAAACUAUGAGCCAUGCUAAUACCCGUUCUCCUGUAGAACAAGGCACUCAGACAAUUUGAGCAGAGUUUGUAAACAGAUCCAACUUGACCAGUUCUUGACCUGCAGCGAUUCCAAAUGUUGGGAAAGUAACCUCCCUCCAGGCCUUCACAGAGCCCAGUGAGAUCACAGGGAAUGUAUGCCCACCGGCCAAAGAGAGGAAAGAACGGGUGUCUUUUUUUUUUUUUACAAGUUGUGCUUUUAUCAUCUGAGCCUCCCAUUAAAGUUUAAAUAUGUAGCACAUUCAUUAAUUCCCACUAACCCUUUGGAACAAUACAGGAAUUUUGGUACAUUUCAUCGAAUGGGAGCUUGGACCCCGUUAGAGAAAGUUCAACGAGUAUCAAUAGCAGAUAUGUGUGUGAACAAUAAAAGAAUGAUCUCACAA